AUGUUCGGUGGCGUUGAGCACGACCUUGAGAAAGCCCCCCAGGUAGAGAAGAGGCCUUUCGACAGUAGCAGCGAUGGUGCUGUGCCUGGGGAAACCUUUGUAUAUGGCGAUUCGUGGUACGCCAGGCUACAACGGCUGGCCGGAAAGCUCAACAUUGAGCAGCGAGGUAUAGAACGUGUACCAGCCGAUGAACGGACGGACACGUCAUAUUUUAACAUUGGCAGCAUGUGGCUGGCGGCCAACAUGGUGGUGAGCUCCUUCGCCAUUGGCGUCCUCGGAAAGUCGCUCUUUGAUCUCGGCUUCGUCGAUGCAAUUCUCACCUGCCUCUUUUUCAAUCUCUUGGGUGUCUUGACCGUUUGCUUCUUCUCAUGCUUCGGUGCUGCCUUCGGGUUACGGCAGAUGGUCCUUUCGAGGUUCUGGUUCGGCUGGGGGCCCACCAAGUUCAGUGCUGACAUCCUCGUUCCUUCAGUUGCUAUUCUGAAUGUGCUCGCUUGUGUGGGCUGGUCCGCUGCCAACGCCAUCGUCGGUGCUCAGCUCAUCAAUGCAGUGAAUGGCAACGUCCCCGGAUUCGCUGCCAUUCUUAUAAUUGCUAUUUGCACGUUUGUCAUCACAUUCGCUGGGUACAAGGUUGUGCAUGCCUAUGAAUACUGGAGUUGGAUCCCUACCUUCAUCGUGUUUAUGAUUGUCCUUGGUACCUUCGCCCACUCAGGAGACUUCAGGAACCUCCCAAUGGAAGUUGGCACAUCAGAAAUGGGCGGUGUCUUGUCCUUUGGUUCGACUGUGUACGGUUUCGCUACUGGAUGGACUAGCUACGCCGCCGAUUAUACUGUGUACCAGCCCGCUAAUCGGAGCCGUCGCAAGAUAUUUCUCUCCGCCUGGAUUGGCCUCAUCAUUCCGCUUUUGUUCUGUCAGAUGCUGGGAAUCGCGGUCAUGACCGCUACAGGAAUCGACGAUGGCAAUAACAAGUAUCAAAUGGGCUACGACGCCUCCGGAAACGGAGGCUUGUUGAAUGCUGUGCUUGAGCCUCUCGGCGGAUUCGGUAAAUUCUGCCUCGUCAUCCUAGCACUCUCCAUUAUCGCCAACAACUGUCCGAACAUCUAUUCGGUGGCCUUGACUCUUCAGGUUCUGAGCCGCUACUCCCAGCGUGUACCCCGAUUCGUCUGGGUUUUCCUCGGCUCCUGUGCCUCUGUGGCUAUUGCUAUUCCCGGAUACUCUCACUUCGAGACUGUGUUGGAAAAUUUCAUGAACUUCAUUGCGUACUGGCUGUCCAUUUAUUCCGGCAUUGCACUUACCGAUCAUUUCCUCUUCAAGCGUGGAUUUGGUGGAUAUCGGCCUGAGAUUUACGACAAGCGCGACAAGCUUCCUCUUGGAAUCGCUGCCUCCAUUGCCUUUGGAUUCGGCGUGGCUGGUAUGAUCACUGGUAUGAGCCAAUCAUGGUGGGUCGGACCCAUUGCUCUCCAUGCCGGUCAAGCUCCAUUCGGUGGCGACGUUGGUUUUGAGCUGGGAUUCGCUUUCUCGGCUGUGAUGUAUGCCGUCCUAAGGCCUAUUGAGAUAAAGUUUUUGGGUCGGUAA